AUGGUUCCGCAGCUCCCCCCUGAGAUCCAGCUGGCGCAGCGCCUGGCAGGGAACGAGCAGGUGACCCGGGACCGGGCGGUGAGGAAGCUCCGGAAAUACAUCGUCGCCAGGACUCAGCGGGCUGCAGGUGGUUUCACUCAUGACGAGCUGCUGAAGGUGUGGAAAGGACUGUUUUACUGCAUGUGGAUGCAGGACAAGCCGCUCCUCCAGGAGGAACUAGGAAGGACCAUUUCCCAGCUUGUCCAUGCUUUUCAAACCACAGAGGCACAGCACCUGUUCCUUCAGACCUUCUGGCAGACCAUGAACCGCGAGUGGACGGGCAUAGACAGGCUGCGCCUGGAUAAGUUCUACAUGCUCAUGCGGAUGGUCCUGAAGGAGUCCUUCAAGGCCCUGAGAAUGCGGGCGUGGGAGGAAAGACAGAUUGAGCAGCUGUUGGAGCUGCUGACGACCGAGAUCCUGCACCCCGAUAGCCAGGCCCCCAACGGGGUGAAGAGUCACUUCAUCGAGAUCUUCCUGGAGGAGCUGGCCAGAGUGGGCGCCAGUGAGCUGACAGCAGACCAGAACCUCAAGUUCAUCGAUCCCUUCUGCAGAAUCGCUGCCCAGACUAAGGACUCCCUGGUUUUACAUAACAUCAACCGAGGCAUCUUUGAAACGAUUGUGGAACAGGCCCCGCUCGCCAUUGAAGACCUAAUGAAUGAAAUGGAGGAGGAGGAAGACGAAGAUGAGGAGGAGGGGGAGAUGUCAGACGAUGAUGGGCAGGAUCAGGGCGUUCCGCCCAAGAAGCUGUUUGAGAAGCCCCCUGAAGGCUCCCGUGGGGCUGCUCCGGGCCAGGCUGAGGAGCAGGGCGAGGACGAUGAGGACGGCACUGGCGCCGUCCUUCAGUUUGACUAUGAGGCUGUUGCUAACAGGCUGUUUGAAAUGGCCAGUCACCAGAGCACCCCUUCUCAGAACAGGAAGCGUCUCUACAAAGUGAUCCGAAAGUUGCAGGACCUCGCUGAAGGCCUCUUUCCUGAGGAGGACAUCCCGGAAGAAGCCCACAGGAAGCUGCGGGAGGGGAAGAAGGGGAGGAGGGCGAAGAAGCGAUCGCCCAAAUCCCAGCUGCAGAACAAGACAGGGAAAGGUGAACAGGAGGACCGGUGUGCAGACCUGAGUUCCAGAGUGGAGAGAAAGAGGCGGCAUCGGGGCCCAGGGGCUGACCGCGCUGCGCCCCAGGAACAGCCCGGGGGCCGUGGCAGGAGAGGCGCGCGCAAGAGGCGGCGGCAGCCUCAGGCAGGGGCCAGAGCAAAGGUGCCUGGGUGCCGGGAGCCAGGCGUGAAAAAGAAGCGGACACGGGAGAGCAAGAAAUGA